AUGGCUGGGGAUUCCUCAAUGGAGCUUUUGUUUUUAGACACGUUUAAGCACCACAGUGCAGAGUUUACAAAUGUGGAUGUGGUGCGGUUUCCAUGUGGUGUGGUGAUCGCAGAAGUCCGAGUCAUCCCACCUGGUCUUAAAGCCCACAGCAGCCUUCCAGACAGCAGAGCUUUUGGAGAAACUGCUCCUCACGCAUUUCAGUUAGACCUGUUUUUCAACAAUGUCUCCAAGCCUAGUGCUCCAGUGUUCGACCGGUUGGGCAGUCUGGAGUAUGAUGAAAACAAGUCAAUUGUCUUCAGGCCCAAUGGAAAGAUAAACACAGACGGAUUGGUCUUGCGGGGCUGGUAUACAUGUCUGACAUUGGCAGUGUAUGGUACGGCAGAACGCUCACAUGGCCACGAGCGUGAAUCUCCACCUCCGCCCCCUCCUCCUCCACCACAACAACAGGCACCUGGCUCCAAGAGAAAUAGCAAGCAUGAGUGGGAGAAUGAGGAGCACUUUAAUGGUAGCCCACCCAGACCACAACCAAGAGGUCCCCGAACCCCACCAGGGCCUCCACCACCAGACGACGAUGACGAUGAUGCAGUGCCACAGACUGGACCACUGAAAGUGGAACAUGUGGAGCAAGGGGAAGACGACCUGGAGCCCAUAUCUCCCGAGCGAGGCUCCAUCCCUCUUGAGGACGUGUACUCGGACCAAGAACAGGAAGAAGACCAAGGAGCAGGGGAGGACGAGGAUGAUGAGGCCCGCUCCGAGGGAAGCGCAGAAGAGGAGGAUGAGGUGGAAGAUGAUGAAGAGGGUGAGGAGGAGAUGGAGGAUGAUGGCGAAGGUGAUGACGGUUAUGAGCAAAUCUCCAGUGACGAGGAGGAUCUUGAAAGCGGGGCGUUCAAGUUGCCAGCCUUUGACCUGGAUUGCACCCCUGAGGACCUCGCCUCGCUACCAGCUGUCCAGUAUGAUCCGUUUGAGCGGGAACUCCACCCCCUCCAGCACUUCACUCCCCCCCAUAUCACACGCUACGAGGCAGAACUGAACAGCCUUAAGGCAACAGAACCUCAGGAUCAAACCUCCCCACUGGCAGAGUCAGCAAAUAAGCUAACAGAACUAUUAGAAGCUUGGGGAGAGGGGGCAGACGCCGAGCACGGGGCAGGCUGGGUAACCGCUUUGGAAGAAGUUUCUUCCUUGUUGGUAAAAGGAUUAAGCUUUUUGGCCUUUAAAGAGCCAGAGAGUCAGACGAAGCAGCUAAAACUGCUGGUUGAAUGGACCUUUACAGCUUUGGACCUUGACUCGGCUCUAGCGCAGCCUAUCGCUCUGAACCUGCGCCAACUUAAGGCAGGUGCUAAACUGGCGUCCUCUUUGGCUGACUGUGGCACCGAAACUCUUCAAGCCUUGUUAAAGAAGGGAAUUACGACUCGUCUGCUGGACUUGCUGUUUGCCGAUCACGUAUCGUCCACACUAAAACUCAACGUGCUGCGAUCCCUCGAUAGCAUCAUAAGCGAACCACAGGGCAUGGAGGCAUUUCUCAGAACAGGUUCACAUGACAGCGAAGUGACCAGUGGCUAUCAGCGCAUGAUCGAGCUCUUCUUGUUGGAUCAAACCGUCCGCGUAGCAACAGCAGGCACUGGCAUCUUGCAGAAGGGACAUUUCUAUGAGGUGCUGACUGACCUUCAGAAAACGGCGGGUGUGUGGGCUGAGCAACAUCCUGUGGUAACUAAGGCGGGAGACAGGGACAGAGAAGGAGGAGUAAAGGAGAAAGAGAGCACUGAAAAAAAAGGAGAGGAGGAAGAAAAGGAAAACCUUGAAGCAGAGCCUGAGAGCCCAAUGGACAUCGACACACUGCUUGAAUCCACGUCUCUGUCUGAGGCUGAUCUGGAGAAACUACAAGGUCUGUUAGAAGAACUGCACCACCUGCUGGAAACAGCAUCUUACUGCAUGGUGCAGCCACCGAGCAAGGCUUUUCCAACAACAGCUCGCAUCACUGGACCGCCAGAGCGAGACGAUCCUUAUCCAACACUCUAUAGGUAUAUGCAUGCUACCCACUUCUUGGAGUCGUUAGCGGUUGUGAUGACGUCUUCGGCCACUUGCAGCCACGUCGGAGUGCUGCAAGCCGUACGGGAGCUUCUGCGUUUCUUCUCCCAAACCCAGCAGGGCCUUCUUUUCCUUCUGAGCCACCACGAGCCCAUCAACGUCCUGCUGCGUCUCCUCACACCACUCGCAAACCUGACUCCCCUCUCUCAGCUGACACACUUGCCCCCAGUGACUCCACUGCUGGAGACUGAAGGGGAGGAACCGGCCGCCGUUACCGAGGGCUCACUGGAUGAUGGCUUCUGGAUGUGGUUAAUGCAGGCCCUGCAUGCUCUGCAGGCCGUGGCUGAGCUGAAUGGGCUGGAGAUUGAGGAAGGGGACAAUCCGGAUGUGCUCGCAACACUCCACAACUUGUAUCUCAUCAGUUUUAGCAGCACGGGACGCAACACAGUGGCACAGAUACUCAGCCUGGACACCAAUCUUAGCUGCCUCGUUAACCUGCUAGAGCACCAUGCUAAAGAGGGACAAGGGGAUGGAAAAGCAAGAAAAUCUGUAACAUACAACUAUGCCUGCAUGCUCGUGCUGCUAGUGAUUCAGAACUCGACUGAUCUGAAGAUGAUGGAGCAUUAUGCCACUCCUUUGCUUACCAUUUGCAAAGCUGAUGAAAACAAUGUUAAACUUCGAGAGCUGGGUAAAUGGCUGGAGCCACUGGAGAAGCUACACUUUGAUAUAAGUGGUAUACCCACCCUUAUUGAUUAUAUCAAACAGAAUUUGGAGAAUUUAAUGACACUAGACGGAGUGGGCCUUGUCACUUCUCUCAGAGUGCUUUGUCACAUUGCCUGUCCACCAUCAAUUGUGCCAGGUCAGCAAAAGGACCUGAAGUGGAACCAGGCUGUGAUCACACUGUUUAGCGCUGAAGGAAUGGACACCUUUAUUAAAGUUCUUCAGAAGUUGACCUCAGUGUUACUGCUUCCAUGGAGGCUGCAUGGAGCCAUGGGCCCCACACCACAGCGCCUGAUGAUGAUGUCACUGGCCUCCUCUGCACUUAAACUCAUGCGAGCUAUGCUGAGCGAGCUACUGCACGGCGGUGCCUGCAAGUUUAAGGAUGCUCGCGUUCCGGCUGUGUGCGUCACUCUACAUACGAUCGCGUGCUCCAUGCCGACCUCGGGACGCCUGGACGCUGAGGAGCUGCGACUGCAGAGCAACAUCAUCGACGUUUUACUGACUUUUACACACGCCGUAAGCGAACAGGAGACCGGCUCUGAGGAAACUGUGGCUGCUAACAGCUGGUCUCUUAUGCUGAAGGAAGUUCUCAGCUCUAUUUUGGCUGCCCCAGAGAACAUCUACAGCAGCCUCAGUCUGCUCUCAGAGCUACUGCCCUUACCGCUGCCCAUGCAGACCACACAGGAGUUGUCAGUACAAGACGUUUUGGUGGCGAUGAACACACGUAAGCUGUGGAGCAUGCACCUUCACGCUCAGGCAUGCACACUACAGGAGGUGUUGAAGUGCGUAUGCGUAAGCAGCUCCCCACCGCUCCUCUCCAUGCUCAGACGAGUGUGUGUACAGCUCUGUGACCUGGCAGCACCCACUGCCACACUCAUCAUAAGAUCCCUUCUAGAGCAGCUGCAUGAAGAGAUGCAAGUGGAAGGAGCGACCUCGCAGUUGACAAGGUUACUAGCUCUGGUGGACUUACUGGUGUCUCAGCGCUCCUGCAAAGUAGCCACAUUGGCUCUGCUGGGCGGAGCCAUGCGCGCCGAGACACGGACCGAGGGAAAAGCUGAAGACAGACUUGCAGAGAUGCUUCCCUCCCUGCUCACCAUGCUCCUGCCUCCAGCGAACGCUAGUCUGGCUGUGCAGCAGAACACUGAACUCAUAGCGAGCAUUAUCCAGUCACUGUGUGACCAGGACAUUUCUCUGAUCGUGAGCGGCUCGGGGGAGAUGUGUCUGUCUGAGGCCGAGCAGUUGGCCAAUGCCUUACCUUCAAAAGACUUGAUGCCCGGUAUAUGUGACGCCAUGUUGGAGGUACUCAAACAUCCACACAGCAGCUACACUCUUCAGCUCACUUGCCUCAGAACAAUGAUGUUCCUGACUGAGCAUGAGUACGGCCUCUAUUACCUGAAAAGCUCACUGAAGAAGCACAGUUCUGCUGUGUCAUCACUGCUGCGGCGAGAAAUCACCUCUUUUAACAAAGAAUCAGCUGAGCUGCUGUCUGCCCUGCUGGACUUUCUACGUCAAAUCCUCAACAGUGACUCGAUGGAGGAAGAUAUGGAAUCCCGCUCUUUGGCUCUGAGUGUGAGUGAAAUGAAACAGCUUCUUCAGUGGAAAGAUGAUUCAACUGAACACCCGCUUCCAGAGCUGGAGAAACAUAUCACGGAGCUCUUUAAAGAUGAUGAUUCAUUGGAGACUCUGCUGGAGAAUGUUGUGGGAUUCCGUCAAAUUUUGGAGAGUACUGGAGAUACUGUGGGGCAAACGGAACCUGAAACAGAGCCGAGUCUACCCUCUGCAGAACCGCUCCAGACACAGUUUAACAACAGAACUGUAUAUGUUCUGUCUGAUAUUCUGGACGACCAGCUGAGGGCCCUCUGGUAUUCCCCAUUCCAAUCAGAUGACAUGGAGACAGAACAGGACAUGGUGAAAGUAGACCUGGUGGCUCUGGCGCAGCAGUGCUGUCCUGAUCUAGACCUUAAGGCUGAAAUAGAACGUUCAUACCUGAGUGAGCCUACCUCACCUGGUCACAGUAAACCUACCAAGGGCUUAAAACUGGGAAAGCACAAACACGAGACCUUCAUCACUUCCAGCGGCAAAUCAGAUUACAUCGAGCCAGCUAAACGUGCUCACAUCAUGAUGGCCCCUCGCGGACGUGGCCGUGGCGCUUUCAACCAGCUUGGCAGGCCGCACGAUAUCUUCAGGCAGCGGAAGCAGAACACCAGUCGGCCGCCCUCCAUGCACGUGGACGAUUUCUUGGCUGCAGAGUUUAAGGAAGUCAGCCUGCCAGCUGGCUUGACUCUGCCCAAACGGCCUCCUAAAGGUGGAGGAGCCAAGCCAACCACUAGAGGCCUGUUUACUGGAGGAACCAGAGGGCGGGGCUUCCAAAGCCACACUCGUUUCUUCACUCCACCUGCACCCAAAAGCGGACUGCUUGCCAGUAACUAUCCCCGACGUGAGGGUGGACGGGGCUCUACCUGGAACGCUCCAGUGACGGCUGUCACUCACAGAGGAACAUACAGUGAACCCCGUGGAGCACAAAGCAACUUUGCUCGACCGUUGCCAUCAAGGCAGCCACCGACAGGUGCGUACCGAUUGACUCCACGGGACCGAGCACCCCGAGGAAGAGGAACUGGCCUAUCCUGGCUAGGUGCAGGUGGACUUGGUGUAGGAGGGGGAGGGGUAAGCAAUAGCGGACGUGGUCAGGGCAAGUUCAGCAGCAGUGGAAGCGGAGGUGGGCGUGGCCGUCACGUACGGUCGUUCACGCGCUAAAGACUUAACCAUGUGGCUCUAAAGGACCAAUCAACAUGGACUUGUAGUAUGUGUAGAUGAUGUGUCAUCGCAGCAUUUUGUUUUGUGUUUGAUGCUCUUUGUUGUAAACUGAAUAAAAUCAUGUGAAUAUCCAGCUUUUGUUUUAAAUUUGCUUAUAUAAUUAUAAUUUUAAUCUGAGCUACAGUCUCAUGAGCAGGCUUUGUUUAAUGUUAUUACAUUUUAAAAUAUUUGAUGUGUAGCACCAAUUUACACUCUAUACAAGUCCUAUUAGACAU